AUGAACACAGCCGUCACAAUCAGCACAGACUUCCUCCUAGCCCUCCUCCCAAUCCCGCUCGUGUGGCAACUCCAACUCAAUGGCCGUACAAAAAUCACCUUGGUCUGCAUCCUAGCCCUCGGUCUCUUCGCCGGCGUCGCCGCCAUCAUCAAAUCCGAAAAGCAGAAGACCGCUCUCAUGGACCCCGACGUCUACGUACUUGAUACCUUCACGAUGUGGCGAUCCAUCGAAUACUACGUCGGCAUCAUCGUCGCGUCGUUGCCUUCGCUCAAACCACUGUUCAAACAUGUUCUAAAUAACGGGACGAGAGGGGCAACGGGGAACUCGGGACUUCAACGCCAGAGUAAAAUACGGUACUCGAUCAGAGGAAACAAGCUGGCGGAUGACGACGAGGUGCCAUUGGAAACGUAUAAGGGGGUCGGAAAUUCAGUUGAGGUUUCUUCGGGGUCGCCUAGGACGCCAGUGGAGGGUAAGAGUAGCGAGGACAGCGUAAGGCCUUUUGAGUCCAACGCUAUAUUCGUUGAUACGAAGUGGCGCGUGAGCUGA